AUGGCCAAACGUGUGACGAUUUUCGAUCCUCCAGAGCAAGAUCAUUCCAAGGCACUCAUUGAGAAUGUACUCGACCUGACGCCAGUGGUGGACCUCGGCCGAGAUGUCUUCACUAAUACUCGCCCGUUAUGGCAUCCCCCGGGAGCCCGCGGCAUCUAUGGCGGCGCCGCCAUCGCCCAAUCCCUCUCGGCCGCCAUGCGGACCGUGCCGGCCGACUUUGCCGUCCACAGUAUGCACUGCUACUUCGUGCUGGCCGGCGACUCCGAGAUCCCAAUCCUGUACCAUGUGGAGCGCGUGCGCGACGGCCGCAGCUUCGUAACCCGCACCGUGCAAGCGCGACAGCAGGGGCGGCCGAUCUUCACGACGACACUGAGUUUUAGCCGGGUCGGCAGCGGCGGCGCGAAGACGAUCGACCACGCAGUGUCGAAGCCGGUGGUGGCUCUGCCGGAGGAUGCGAAGCCGGGGACGAUGAAGGCGCUGAGCCAUGCGGGCGGGGGACCGUUUGAGGCGAGGAAGGCGGGCAUUGUGAACCGUAUCUCUCCCAACCCCGAAGAGAAGAAGGUCCGGCGCUUCGUCCGCGCCCGCGGCCAUAUCUCCGACGAGGGCGGCUACCAGGCGCACCUGUCGGCUUUGGCCUACAUCACCGAUAGCUACUUCAUCGGCACGAUCUCGCGCGUGCACGAUAUCCCGCGGUUCUCGUCGCCGGCCGAGCUCGAGAAGCUACUGCGGGCGCUGAAGAACCCGUCCGAUCUCGACGACGAGGAUCUCACGCGCGCGCUGAAAGAGCUGAAAGAAGAGGAAGCUGCUGAGCUGCGGCGCCGCUUGGAGGGCGCACUCAGCAAGGCUACUGACCAAAAGUAUCAUAAGGAGGUGGGCAUGAUGGUCAGCCUGGACCACUCGAUUUACUUCCAUAAUCCGCGGGCGUUCCGCGCUGAUGAGUGGAUGCUUACGGAGAUGGAGAGUCCGUGGGCCGGAGAGGGGCGUGGGCUGGCAAUUCAGAAGAUUUGGUCAAAGGACGGGGUGUUGAUUGCGACUUGCACACAAGAGGGUGUCGUGCGAUUAAAGCAGGAUAAGCCACCGCUGUCUAAGAUCUAG